AUGCAGGCCAAUGCCGAAGAGACGUUGAUGGGGCCGGUUGCCGAGUUUGCAGACGCUUGGGACUUGUUUGCGUCCUCAACGGCGUACCCUUGCCGCCCCACCCAACGCCACUUCCGGGGCUGGCUAUUCCACAUUGCGAUAACUGUCGGUUUACGGGGAAGAAAUGCGACUAUAAGAGACCGAUGCUAUGCGAACAAUGUUGAAUGUACUGGAUCUAAAUUUGGAGCCGUUGCCCGAGGUGUUCCGGGAGAUGAUAUGUGGGGAUACUAUCUCAACCUGGGGAGUGGCCCUACUGGCGUUGACGACCCAAAUUAUGUGCCUUGGCAGCAACCCCCUGAUUACCAUUUACAAUAUCAACGGUGGAUGAGUGGUGACAAGACCAUUCCGAAUCUAGCUAACCCGGCUGCCCCAAAUCUUCAGACAGUUAUAGACAGUCUAAAAGGGCCAUAUCAACUUGUCGUGAACGAAGCACAAAAUAUUGAAAGAGACGGCGGUAAUUUUAAUUUGCGCGCCAUUGCAGACAAGCUGCUCGUAGACAUCAGCGCAUCAAUAAUUGCAGAUUCAUCGCAAGCCGUUCGAGAUCUGUGUUCCUAUGCGCGUCGACAGGCCGUGGUGUGUUCCAGAACCAAUAACUACCAGUAUAGAUCUGUCCCGGUUGCCCCCCCAGACAGUAUCAAACCUGUCGAUGUACGCUGGGUGCAGUACCUAAACCCAAGUGCCGACCUAGACAGGCAGCUUGUAGCGGAGAUAAAGAACGUCUCGGUGGGUCCCAUUGGCCGGCCUCCAUCUCCUGGGCCCGCCAGGCCGGCGUACUUCAUCCCGUGCGACACGAAGGCCGAGCAGAUCCCGGUCCUCCCGAACGACAAUCUCUUCUCGCCGUUCCACCCCCAGCGGGUCGACAUGUCCGUCAUCAGACGAUUCCCGUUCCCGCUGCACCCCAACGAGAUCGCCGAGUCGGCCAUGUCGAGUGUCCCCCUCUCGCGGCUCUGGGCUAAUGGAGCGCUUUGGACUCCCGAGCAAGGCGUGACCUGCGCGAACAACACCGUCUUGGGGAUAUGUGAGAAGGAAACGGUGAGAGCGUGCGAGGAUAGGCGGCAUUUCGAAGCGUUUCCGGUUUGCCAGGACUGCGAUCUGCAUGGCCGAGCACGUUCCCGGACCGAUGACUUUGCCAGGGAAAUCAGAGCCUAUCUCUGUUCGGAAUGUACAUACAGCGUCGUUCCACUGCUGAACAAGUUGAAGAACCAAGGACACUUUUUAUGGGCCGAUAACCCUCUAUUAGGGCAUAGUCUACCCACCCUCAAAGCGGAUUCCAUUACCGCGAACGGUCUGACGGCACGAGCCGGCGGAUGGCAGGGACCGCCAAACCAGUUCACGGGGUGUGGCUGCGGCGUCAAGCUCUGGAACAGAGUGCUCUGCAACCCGCACCGCACACAGUACAUCCUGGACAUGAAGGGCAAAGCGGCUGAGAUGAAGCUUUACUGCAAGCAGUUGUACGGAAAGUCCGUGUGUCCACUGUGCAGGAUCAAUCCCGGCGUCGACCAGUACCACCAUAUAGGCAGUGAUGGGGGCGAGGGAAAUCCGAUCGAGGCGUGGGUUUGCUUGAACUGCCACGCUUACGCUAUUGUGCCCAAGGGUAAGCAGAGCACGAAUGACUGGCAUGAGCUGGUUGACACCUCGCACUUGCAGUGGCCAUAUGGGAUAGGGGAGAUGCCGAAGUACGAGGAUUAA